CAUGUGUUCAAAAGAUCACUUGCAUCUGCUCUUGGAGUGGUCUUGACCAGAAGCAGAACUCUUCUGGCCUGCAUGUUGAGUAUGCAGUUCAUACCUCAUUCAUGCUUUUUGAAGUUGUGUGGAGAGCUUCAUUUCCUCAAACUUCCCUAGUGUUUGCUUUUGUCAUUUUUUUUUUUCCUGGAGGCUGGAUGGAGGGGGGAUACAGAAAACCUUAUGGAUGGUAGGUGAUAGUUCUACUUCUUGGUUUCCUGAGAUUCUAAGUCACUUAAUAGAAAAUUCGAGAAAAACUAGAUUAUUUUAGUUCUAACAUUCAGGAAAAAGUGUUUUUGAUAUGUUUACCUCUCUGUUGUUUCACAAAGAUCUGUUUGUCUGUUUGUUUGGGUUUUUUCCUUCUAAUGAGAUUCCAAAAAGAGGGUGGCUGAGGAAGAGGUGGGUUCCUGUGUCCAAGCCCUCAGAAGGGGGUGGGCUCUGGUGUAUAAAGCCAUUGCUCUUGACAGCUCAGUUCUGAAGGACUCCAGACUCCCAGGAUAGGGAGGGGCAAUGGGACAGGGACUCCGAGGAGGGAACAUCAGGAAGGAGGAGGAGUUGGAUCUGAAGGCAGGAAACUGGACUCGGUUUUAGAAAGAGAUAAGCUCAGGACACAAAAGAAACAGCCAUGGAUUGUUUCAGAACUUCACCAAGUCAUUCCUGGAUUUAUCCCACGGUGAUCCUGUGCUUAUUUGGAUUUUUCUCCAUGAUGAGACCCUCAGAACCCUUCCUUAUACCGUAUUUAUCUGGACCAGAUAAAAACCUGACCACCUCAGAGAUCACAAAUGAGAUCUUCCCAAUCUGGACAUACUCUUACCUGGUGCUGCUGCUCCCCGUGUUCGUCCUGACCGAUUACGUCCGCUACAAGCCAGUCAUCAUCCUGCAAGGAGUCAGCUUCAUCAUCACGUGGUUGCUGCUCUUGUUUGGCCAGGGAGUGAAGGCCAUGCAGGUGGUGGAGUUCUUCUAUGGGAUGGUCACCGCCACCGAGGUGGCGUACUAUGCCUACAUUUACAGCGUGGUCAGCCCCGAGCACUACCAGAAAGUGAGCGGCUACUGCAGAAGCAUCACACUGGUGGCCUACACAGCGGCCUCGGUACUAGCCCAGCUCCUGGUGUCCCUGGCCAGACUCUCUUACUUUUACCUCAACGUCAUAUCCUUGGCUUCCGUCUCUGUGGCCUUCGUUUUGUCCCUUUUCCUGCCAAUGCCCAAGAAGAGCAUGUUUUUCCAUGCAAAAUCCAGCAAAGAAAUAUGGAAGCAACCGAACAAAAAUGAGGUGUCAGAUGCACCUUACAAAAUUAACACACCAGGCGGUGAAGAGAAUCCCACUUCAGAAAUACCCACCAGUUCAGGGAACCUGGAUGGUGGUCCUUUGAGCAGCCCGAUGCCACGAAAUGUAGCGUUGAAUGUUUUUGUGCAGUGGUUCCAAGAUCUGAAGGAGUGCUACUCCUCCAAGAGACUAUUUUAUUGGUCCCUAUGGUGGGCCUUCUCCACAGCAGGUUUUAACCAGGUUUUGAACUAUGUUCAAAUCCUGUGGGAUUACAAGGCACCAUCCCAGAGUUCUUUCAUCUAUAAUGGGGCAGUAGAAGCUAUUGCAACCUUUGGAGGGGCUGUGGCUGCCUUUGCAGUGGGCUAUGUGAAAGUCAACUGGGAUCUUCUGGGGGAGCUGGCCCUAGCCAUCUUCUCCAUCAUUAGUGCAGGCUCUCUGUUUCUCAUGCAUUACACGACUGACAUCUGGGCAUGCUAUGCUGGCUAUCUGAUAUUCAAGUCCAGCUAUAUGCUGCUUAUAACCAUAGCAGUAUUUCAGAUCGCAGUUAAUCUGAGUGUGGAACGCUACGCCCUGGUGUUUGGAAUGAACACCUUCAUGGCACUGGUAAUUCAGACCAUUAUGACAGUGAUUGUUGUAGAUCAGAAAGGACUCAACCUGCCAAUCAGCAUUCAGUUUUUAGUUUAUGGGAGUUAUUUUGCAGUUAUUGCUGCCAUUUUUCUAAUGAGAAGCACAUAUAUCAUCUACUCAAUCAAAUGCCAAAAGCAAGCACAGAGCUCUCCAGCAAGUCAGAAUCCAGAUGAGCUCCACCCAGAGGGACCAAGGAAUGUCAUUACAGGAACAAAGCUCUGACCUUACGGCAGCCACUGCAUCCACUGAACAAGGAUCUUCUUGGUCACAAAGUCACUGAGCGCCAAAAACUGACACACUUCCAAAGCCUGGAUUUCAAUGAACCUUUUCAAAACCACAACAAAAUCUUAGUUUUAGACUAGAUACUACGGGCCCAGCUGGAUGCAGUUGACAAGACCCGUGACCUCAGUCAAAUAGCCGAUAUUGGGUACUCCAAUGAGUAGCAAGGAUUGGGAAGUUCUGGUUUUGGUUACUCCCUAGAACAUAUCAAUGGCAUGGAAACAAACCACGAGAAAACUUCACUCAACCUGUAGUUGAUGUUCCCCAUUCGUAAGCAGAAAUACUAACUGGACUGACCCCUUUACUUGUUUUAGAUAUUUUAUCUUACCAAAACAGGCAAGAGAUGGACAUUUUUUUUUUUUUAAAUCACAUAACCAUUUGCCUCCUUCUUUCAUUAAGUGUAUUUCUAUAUUACUUGCAGUUCUCUGCGAGAAUUUCAAGGUCUGGUCCCAUUUCUAAGGACCUUUCUUCAAUCCUGACAACAUGGUAUUAAUCACAAGCUAUUAUUUGAUUAUAUCACCUAUUUAAUUCUGUCAUGAUUACUUUUUACUUUGUGUUCUGCUGAGCUUUGUUGUUGAAACUUUACCUCAGGAAUAGCCCCAGACAUUCCUCUGUGCCCAGAGAAUGACAUUCAAGUCAAUUGCUGGGGGCCCUAGGGGUGGCAGUGAGUUUUCUCCCUACUAUAACC